AAAAAAGUGAGUGAAUUAAAUAAUUUAAUAAUAUGAAAAAAAUCAUGUGUCAAAAAUCAAUUUUUAAUUAGCUAAUUUUAUAAUAAUGCAUGCUGACUGAAUCAUCGUAAAGGUCUAUUUUGUAUAUAAGAAUAGUAUGAAAAGUUAUUAAUUUGAAUAUUUAAUUUUUUAUAACAAUAAAAAUGGAAGACCAAGCUUGUCCUCGUUGUAAAACAACAAAAUACAGAAAUCCAUCUCUUAAAUUGAUGGUAAAUAUAUGUGGCCACACAUUAUGUGAAAACUGUGUGGAUUUAUUAUUUUUGAAAGGAUCCGGAGUAUGUCCAGAAUGUCAAACACCUUUGAGAAAAGUAAACUUUCGUCUUCAGAUGUUCGAAGAUUCAAUGGUAGAAAAAGAAGUGGACAUAAGAAAACGAGUACUUCGUGAUUAUAAUAAAAAAGAAGAAGAUUUUGCUACUCUCAGGGAAUACAAUGAUUACCUUGAAGAGGUAGAAACAAUUAUUUAUAAUUUAUCCAAUAAUAUUGAUGAAGUUGAAACGAAUAAAAAGAUAGAACAAUAUAGAAGAGACAAUAAAGAACAGAUAUUAAAAAAUAAGUCUAAACUAGGUAGAAGUGAACGUGAAUUACAAGAGUUGUUAGAAUUAGAAAAACAAAGGGAUGAUGAAAGGAGAUUGGAAUUGGCUCGAGAAGAAAUAGAAUGUAAAAAGAAAAAAAUUCGUGAAAAAGAAGCUCUCAUUGAUGAACUAAUGUUUUCUGAAGGAAAUGCACAUUUAAUUGUUCAGACAUUUGCCACAUCAAUGCAAUCAUCUGUAGAUAAUACUUCAAAAGUAUCUCCAACGCCAAGAGCGACACAGUUUAGCACAGGAAUUAAAUUCGGCAAACAAGGAUCCCAAGGAUUCCUACCGAUUCCAAAAGAUGAAGGACCAACGUACACUUAUGUACCCAUUGAGCAAAAAACAGAAGGACCUCCUGCACCGACGUGGCAGCAGAUUAUCUCACAUGGAUACAUUAAUCAUGUUCGUGCUGAGACCAAAGUGGAAAAAGCCGGUGGUUUCAAAGCAACGAUUGCAUGUCUCCGAGCCUUACAAGAGGCCAUGGCCGGUCUCUAUCAUACUCCAUCUCAACAAUUCAAUUAAAACUGUUGACCUUGUCAUCUUGUAUCAAAUGAGUAUUUUAGUAAAUCGUCAAAAGGAACAUAUAAUGUUUGAAACAAAAAUAAAAGAAUAUGAUUUUUCUAUCA